AUGUCACGAACAAAGGAAGCUGUAGUAAUUCUUUUAGAUGUAGGCAUCUCCAUGCGUCUACCACUGCGCGAGGGCGGGGCUAUUAGCAAUAAAAUUCAAUCCGAUCUUGAUCUUCAGCACACACGCUUUGGUGCAGCCAUUGCCGCUGUGGAGAACGUUGUCCAGCAGAAGCUUUUUUUCAAGCCAAAGGACGAAGUGGGUAUUGUUAUCUAUGGCUCAGAAGACACGGACAAUCAAUUGAACGAAGAGCAGGGUGAGGGACAGUAUGAGAAUGUGCAGGUAGUAAAUUCCAUUGAUUUUCCAACACUAGACAUGAUUAAACGAGUGAGAGAGUUGAUACCAUCGCAAAGGAAAGAGACCAAGGUGGAUAUCCUGGAUGGAUUGAUUGUAGCACUAGACUUGAUGUUUCGACGGACAGACGGAAAAAAAUAUGACAAGCGUCUGAUGGUUAUUACUGAUGCAAGUGCAAAGAUUGCUGAUGCACGAGAUUUGGAGUCAGUUGUGACGAUGAUUCAGAAUAUGGAAGUACAGCUCCAAGUUAUUGGACUGGACUUUCAGCAUACGACGAUCAAGACGGAAGCAGUAGAAACGACAGGUGAUGACAAGAUGCCCGUAGCAGUUGUUGUAAAGGAUGAACCUAUGACUGCACUUGAAAGUGACGUUGAGCAUAUAAAAGCUGAGAACGAGAAAAUGCUUGUGUCGAUUGCAAAUGAAGUUGGAGGUGAGGUAUGCUCCGUUUCCAAGCGCAUGCAACUACUUGCACAGGGUAUGAAAAGAACAGUGGCCUUGACGACAAAGUUUCGUGGCUUACUAGAGUUUGGAGAUACAUUUGGCAUCCCGGUGUAUUGCUACUUGAAAACUAAAGUUGCAACACUACCGACUUUGUCAAAGGAAUCGCAGAUCUCUUACGAAAAGGAGACGGGGGGAAAAGUAAAACUUGACCGCCGUUAUACAUCUCCGCAGAAUAUUGAUGAAGAAGUUCCUCCAGACGAGCAAGUCAAAGCUUACCGUUACGGUGCAGAGAAGGUUCCGUUUGCAUCGGCAGAUAUGGAGUUUUUCAAAUUUCAGUCCGAAAAGUCGCUGAAGGCACUGGGUUUUCUAGACCGUGCACAGAUCAGUCAUGCAAAGUUUGUUGCCGGUACCGACAUCUUUAUUGCUGAACCAGGAAAACUGCAUGCAGGGACGUGUUUUGCCGCGUUGACUAGUGCAAUGGUAGAACUUGACCAGGUCAUUAUCGCUCGUUUUGUUCCGCGAAAAAAUGCUGCCCCUAAAAUUGUAGCUCUGAUUCCUCACGCGCCAUCUCCUAGCAAAGGAAACGAUUACUACGCAAUGUGGUCCCAACAAUUGCCAUACGAGGAGGACAUACGGAAUUACGAGUUUGCUCCAUUAAGAACUCGUAAGAAUACUCCGUCGGAGGAACAGCAAUUGCUGGCUGAUAAACUUGUGGACAGUUUGAGCAUCCGUGAUGACAAGGCCGAUGAGGUGGGUGUGUGCUUCAACCCAGUGGUCCGCCGUUUUUUUCACGCGGUAUCGAAGAGGGCACUGGACGAAUCCGCCGGGAUUCCUGCUCUGCCAGCAUACAUGGAAUCUAGCUUGAAGAUGGAUCCUGGUCGUCAAGAGAAAAUAUCGACCCUCAUCGAGAGCUUUGGCGAUGCCUUCCAACUGAAGGAAGCAGUGAAGAAAGCAAAGGACCGGAAGAAGCAGUCAUUUUGGAGUGAUGUGCCAACAGCUUCUGUGAAAGAGGAGGACCUGAAAGAAGAAAACGAAGAUGCGGUAGGUGGAGAAGAUGCAGGCUCUGACUUGGAGCUGGACUUGGAUGAUCUAUUGGAUAGCGAAGAUAUAACGACUGUCGGGUCGAUGAACCCCAUUGCCGAUUUUGAGGUAUUGAUUGAAUCCUCCCAGACGAAAGCAAGUUGCCGUCAACGACUCACUACGGCAGUUACUGGCAUGGAAACAUGUAUUGAGAAGUUCUUCAGCCAAAAUAGGUUGGAAUUUUUCCCCAAAGCAUUGCAGUGUCUAUCUCACUUUCGUAGACGCAGUCCCGAGAUUCAAUACUCUGCCCAGUUCAACGAGUUCCUGACCAAACUAAAGUCGGUUUUGUCGGAAGACUCGGAUGCUUGGAAGGCCGUCAAGGACGCUGGCCUCAGCAUACUGACUUCUUCCGAAGACCCUAGCGUCGACGUCUCGCCUGUCGAAGCUCGUGCCUUCUUGCACGGCGAAGAGGAAGUUGACGUGAAUCUGGCCGCAGCAUCGUUGUCGUCGCAGAUUGAGGCGAUGGAAGGUGAAGAUGACAUGUUUGCUGACUUUGAGUAA